AUGAUUUUCAAACCGUUUCUCUCCCUCAUCAUCCUCUUUGGUCUUCUGGCAUGCCUUUCCACAGCCGCCCCGCAACAUGAUUGCCAAUGUUCUCGGCACAAAGGUUCCAAUGGCGGCAGUGGCCUGAAUGCCCGCUCACAAAUGUUGCCUUCUCCAUGGCCUCCAACUAAACCAAAGGCCCAGAAAUAUCGCCAAGACGACACCCUACUAUUCUGGGACGGAGAGUCGCGGAAAUUCAAAUGCCUAGUCACGAACUACUUUGUGAACCGCUCAAAAUCGCCUCUGCGGCCUUUCAUGAGAAACAAGAUAGUGGACGCAGUCAAUGACACAAAGUUAAAGGCGUGGAAAUGCCCAAAAGGAGGACCAGUCAAAAAGUUUCCAAAGGGAAAGCAGGUCGAGAAGAUCAUCAAGUUGGACGAAAGAAAUCAUGAGAAGCCAAAAGAGCCGGAAAAGCCGCAAAAUGAAAUCAGUUAA